AUAUAUUAUAGCCUGGAAGAUGUAUAUUAUUCCAAUCUUAUACUCAACUUUCCAUCUCUUACACCAAUCAUUUAUACUACGAUUUCAUCAUCUCCCCGCAGUCCGCCAUUAAUGGCGAACUCUCUCUCAAAUACCGCUCUCACCUUCACGAGAUCACUCUUCCAGCCCGAAAAACAAUGUUCCUUAUCCGUUUUAACCCAAAAAUUCCAGCCCGCAAGCCCGAGAAUUCUCGAUCAGCUCUCGACGAGAAGGCUUACACCGCCCCCAGCUGUGUCCAAAACCAAGGAAGCGUUAUCAUCCAUCAUUCACGAGCUGGAGAGAGAAGAAUCAACAGCCAAAAAUAAGCAGCGGAAUGAGAGGGAACUAGCCGAUUGCUGGAGCGAAAUGCUCGGCGAAGAUGACUGGGCCGGGUUGCUCGACCCGAUGGACCCCUUGCUCCGCAACGAGCUGAUCAGGUACGGCGUCAUGGCUCAAGCCUGUUACGACGCUUUCGACUUCGAUCCGUAUUCCAAAUACUGCGGGAGCUGCAGAUUCACCCGGCGCGAGUUCUUCGAGCGGCUCGGCAUGGCGGAAGCCGGGUACGACAUCACGCGGUACCUCUACGCGACUUCCAAUAUUAACUUGCCCAACUUCUUCAAAAACUCCAGAUGGCCUAAAGUUUGGAGCAAAAACGCUAACUGGAUCGGGUAUAUUGCAGUUUCCAACGACGAGACAUCGAAGAAGUUAGGGCGGCGCGACAUCUGCGUGGCGUGGAGGGGCACCGUCACGCGGCUUGAGUGGGUGGCUGACUUGAUGGACUUCCUGAGGCCAAUCUCAAGUGAUAAAAUCCCGUCCCCGGAUCCAACAGUGAGAGUCGAAUCGGGGUUCCUGGAUCUGUACACGGACAAGGAUGAGAGCUGCAAAUACUGCAAAUUCUCGGCGAGGGAGCAAAUCCUGACGGAGGUGAAUCGGCUGAUCAACGAAGUGUACCCCAAGGAAGAAGUGAGCGUGACAAUAACAGGACACAGUUUGGGGGGUGCAUCAGCGUUGUUGAGCGCAUACGAUAUCGUGGAGACGGGGAUAAACGUGCGGGGGGAUAGCAGGGCGGUGCCGGUGUGCGUGUUCACGUUCGCGGGGCCGAGGGUGGGGAAUGCGAGGUUCAAAGCGAGGCUGGAGUUGUUGGGGGUGAAAGUGUUGAGAGUGGUGAAUGUUCACGAUGUGGUGCCCAAGUCACCGGGGCUGUUGGUGAAUGAGAAAGCGCACCCAUUGGUGAUAAAGAUGGCAGAGAAUUUCCCGUGGAGUUAUGUACAUGUGGGAGUGGAGCUGGCUUUGGACCACAAGAAUUCACCCUUCUUGAGGCAUGAUGGGGAUCUCGUUUGUGCGCAUAACUUGGAAGCCCACCUCCACUUGCUUGAUGGAUACCAUGGGAGGGGGGAGAGAUUCAGGCUGAAUGGAAGGGAUUACGCGUUGGUGAACAAGGACUGUGAUUUCUUGAAAGAUGAGUUUGAAAUCCCACCAAACUGGAGGCAAGAUCACAACAAAGGGAUGGUCAAGAAUAAAGAGGGGCGGUGGGUGCAGCAAGAACGCGCCGUACAUGAUGAUCAUCCUGCCGAUAUGCAUCAUCACCUCAACAAACUAGGCCUUCCAUCCAAUAAUAUAUAGCUGAGUUAUUAGCGCAGUUUGAUUGGUAUGUCAGAUGGGUGAUCUCUCUCUAUAUAUAUAUAUAUAUUAUAUACAUGCUUGUUGAAAAAAAACCAGAAAAACUCAAAUAACUCACACAUGGUACAUGUAAAUGUUAAAAUACAACCAUAUACAUUAAAUUAAAUAAUGGUGAAUCAAAGAGGGUUUGAAGAUUUA